CCGCGCUGGCCGCCCGCUGCAGCCGACCCCGGCGUCCGGCUUUCCCGGACCCGCAUCCCGCGUCGCGGACCCGCGAUGGCCAAGCGCAGCUCGCUGUCCAUCCGCAUCGUGGAGGGGAAGAACCUGCCCGCCAAGGACAUGAAGGGCCCCUUCUGAGAAGGGAAGCAAGACUUGGAAUUUCCCCAACCUCCAACAAGCAAAUACACUUCCUUUUAAUGGACACUGGGCCUGAAAGGCACUUCUGGAGACAGUGCUCACCCCCUUACUUGCCUGGGACCAGCCCUAGGCCUAGACCACCCCAGGAAUCCCCCACCAACGGAGACCAGGGCGCCUGAGCAGUCCCAGCACCGGCAGCAGCGACCCCUACUGCAUCGUGAAGGUGGACAAUGAGCCCAUCAUCAGGACAGCCACCGUGUGGAAGACCCUGUGCCCGUUCUGGGGUGAGGAGUACCAGGUGCACCUGCCGCCCGCCUUCCACGUGGUGGCCUUCUACGUCAUGGAUGAGGAUGCCCUCAGGGCCCCUGAACUGGGCAGGAGGGGGGGUCCCGGGCCCCCUGUAGAGCCCUGCCCAGCUCUGGUUCCCUCUUCAUCCUCCAGCCGGGACGACGUUAUUGGGAAGGUCUGCCUUACCAGGGACACCCUGGCCGCUCACCCUAAGGGUUUCAGCGGAUGGGCGCACCUGACGGAGGUCGAUCCCGAUGAGGAGGUGCAGGGCGAGAUCCACCUGCGCCUGGAGGUGGUGCCGGGGCCGCGGGCCCGCCGGCUGCUGCGCUGCUCUGUGCUGGAGGCCAGGGACCUGGCCCCGAAGGACCGGAAUGGUGCCUCUGACCCCUUUGUCCGAGUGCGCUACAGCGGCCGGACACAGGAGACCUCGAUCGUGAAGAAAUCACGCUACCCACGCUGGAACGAGAUGUUUGAGUUUGAGUUGGAGGAGGGGGCCGCGGAGGUGCUGUGUGUGGAAGCCUGGGACUGGGACCUCGUCAGCAGGAAUGACUUCUUGGGCAAAGUGGUGUUCAAUGUCCAGAAACUGUGCGCGGCCCAGAAGGAGGAGGGCUGGUUCCGGCUGCAGCCCGACCAGUCCAAGAAUCGGCGGGGAGAGGGCAACCUGGGCUCCUUGCAGCUGGAGGUGCGGCUGCGGGACGAGACGGUACUGCCCUCCGGCUGCUACCAGCCCCUGGUGCAGCUGCUGUGCCGUGAGGUGAAGCUGGGCACCCAGGGCCCAGGGCAGCUGAUAGUACUUAUCGAGGAGACAACAAGCACCGAAUGCCGCCAGGAUGUGGCCACCAACCUGCUCAAACUGUUCCUGGGGCAGGGACUGGCCAAAGACUUUCUGGACCUGCUCUUCCAGCUGGAGCUGGGUCGUACCAGUGAGGCUAACACCCUGUUCCGGAGCAACUCUCUGGCCUCGAAGUCCAUGGAGUCUUUUCUGAAGGUGGCUGGGAUGCGGUAUCUGCACGGCGUCCUGGGCCCCAUCAUUGACAAGGUGUUUGAGGAGAAGAAGUACGUGGAGCUGGACCCCAGCAAAGUGGAAGUCAAGGACGUAGGGUGCUCGGGGCUGCACCGCCCGCAGACAGAGGCCGAGGUGCUGGAGCAGAGCGCGCAGACGCUGCGCGCCCACCUGGCGGCGCUGCUGAGCGCGCUCAGUCGCUCCGUUCGCGCAUGCCCCGCCGUUGUCCGCGCCACCUUCCGCCAGCUUUUCCGGCGCGUGCGCGAGCGCUUCCCCAGCGCCCAGCACGAGAACGUGCCAUUCAUCGCCGUCACCAGCUUCCUGUGCCUGCGCUUCGUCUCUCCCGCCAUCAUGGCGCCCAAGCUCUUCCACCUGCGGGAGCGGCACGCGGACGCCCGCACCAGCCGCACCCUGCUCCUGCUGGCCAAGGCGGUUCAGAACGUGGGCAACAUGGACGCGCCAGCUUCCAGAGCCAAGGAGGCUUGGAUGGAGCCGCUGCAGCCCACCGUGCGCCAGGGCGUGGCCCAGCUGAAGGACUUCAUCACCAAGCUGGUGGACAUCGAGGAGAAGGAGGAGCUGGGCCUGCAGCGGGCGCUGAGCUUGCAGGCGCCGCCGGUGAAGGAGGGGCCGCUCUUCAUCCACAGGACCAAGGGCAAGGGUCCCCUCAUGUCCUCCUUCAAGAAACUCCACUUUUCCCUCACCACCGAGGCCCUCAGCUUCGCCAAAACGCCCAACUCCAAGAAAAGUGCCCUCAUCAAGCCGGCCAACAUCCGGGCGGCGGAGAAGGUGGAGGAGAAGAGCUUCGGCAGCUCGAACGUCAUGCAGCUCAUCUACGAGGACGAUGCGGGCAAGCCCCAGACGGUCUACCUGCAGUGCAGGUGCGUGAACGAGCUGAACCAGUGGCUGUCUGCGCUGCGGAAGGUGAGCAUCGGCAACCCUGGCCUGCUCGGCUCCUACCACCCUGGCGUCUUCCGCGGGGACAAGUGGAGCUGUUGCCACCAGAAGGACAAGUCAGAUCUGGGCUGUGACAAGACCCGGUCACGGGUGACCCUGCAGGAGUGGAAUGACCCUCUUGAUCACGACCUGGAGGCCCAGCUCAUCUACCGGCACCUGCUGGGCGUGGAGCCUGCGCUGCGGGAGAAGCACCGGGAGCUGAGCGCGGGCACAGAGGCGGGCUCUGUGCUCACAGGCCCUGGUGGAGCCCCUGAGGACCCACUGGCCCAGCUGCUGCAGGUGCUGCGGGACCUCCAGGAGGCCCACAGAUCCAGCCCAGCCAGCUCACCGCCUUCCGAGCCCAGCUGCCUCCUGGAGCUGCAGACGUGAGGCCUGCCCCACACUUCCUGCCGAGCCCCCUGACCCCCGCCCCCAUGUGCUUCUGGCUCUCACUUCAGUCUCCCUCCCUGGGGAGCAAGGCUCAGGGCUCUCCUGGGCUGGGUGAGUCCGAAGGGACCAGGCAGCAGGGGGUCCAUUGUCACCCACCUCAAGUCUCUAGGGGACUUGGGGAGCUCCUGGUUCUCCGUGAAGCCUGGCUGCUCCCCGCGGGCCCUGCAGCCCUCGCUGCUACUGGCCCAGACUCUGGGGACCCCUCCUGCCCAGGACAGAUCUAGCCAGAAACCACCCCUAGGAUGGCCCCUGCCUGUUGGACUGAUGCUCCUUGGGCCCAGAGAGGUGGGAGGGGACACGGAUCCUAGGAGGCCAGGUCUCGACCUCAGCAUCCCCUUCGCUCCUGGCCACCCCUACCUGCUCCCCUGCGGCCACUGCCUGGGCCCCGGGGAGAGCUUCGCGGUGCUCUGUCGCUGACAAUAAACCUGCUGUGACUGCCUGG